AUGGAUCUAGACUGCGCGAGCGGGGAGCGGGAGCCGUUGACCGGAGGGGGGGGCGGAGAAGAUGGGGGAAAUGGGGAAGGGGAAGUGGCGGAGGCUGUGGGGGGAGGGACGCAGGAAACGGUGUUGGAUAUUGAGGUUCCCAAGGAUAACGUUUGCGUAAGUGAGAGCAGUGGGAUGGGGCGAGAAGGGAGGGACGAGACGGGCGAGACGGAGAGUGGGGAGGGACAAGCAGGAGCGGAAGCAGCAGCAGCUGUUGCAGUAGGGGCAGGAGAAGGGGCAGGAGAAAGGGCAGGUAAGGGGCAGCAGAAGGGGGAGGGAGAAGCACCAGGUACGACUGGAGCAGAGCAGUCAGGAAACUCACCGCAACCAGACCCCUCGCAAACAGCCCCAACAGCAGCAGCGGGAGCAGCAGCAGGAGCAGCAGGAGCAGGAGCAGCAGGAUCAGCAGCAGCCGGAGCAAGAGCAGGAGCGAGAGGAACAACAGCGGAUGGAGGGCGCACGUGGGGCGGGGGCAUCCGCGCCAACACCACCCCCUACUGGCGUUUCGUGCAGAUUAUCUCAGCAGUAGGCGCGGGGGUGAUAUUCAUCCCUGCGCUCGUCUUUACAGUCAUUAUAUUCAUCCGCAGCCUCUUCCUGCAGGCCUGGGGAGGCGCGAGUGCGGGGGCAGCAGGCGGGGAGGAGGGCGGGGGGGACAACACAGUAGCGGGGAUAGAGAUCCGCCCCGCGUCCCCCAUGGCGAGCGUGGCGGAGAACAGCUACCAGCGCGGCAUCCCGCGGCGGCUGUCUCUGAGCUUCGUGCACGCGUGGACGUUCACGUACACACACGUGGUGAACCGCACGGCUGUGGUGAAUGAAGACACGCUGCUGGAGCUCGUGAGGAGAAGGCCUGCUGUCGGAUGGGGUCUCGUGGGGUCGCAUUGGGCUUCAUGGAGUCGGAUGGGGUCUCGUGGGGUCGCAUUGGGCUUCAUGGAGUCGGAUGGGGUCUCGUGGGGUCGCAUGGGGUUGCGUGCAUGGGGACGCACGGCCCCACCUCUCUCUCUGAGCUUCGUGCGCGCGUGGACGUUCACGUACACACACGUGGUGAACCGCACGGCUGUGGUGAACGAAGACACGCUGCUGGAGCUCAUGAGGCGGAGACCUAAAGGCACGCCGCUGAUUACCAUCAGCAACCACAUGUCCACGUGCGCGCAGUGUUGGGACGACCCGCUGCUGUGGAACCAUCUCGACGACCCGCUCCUCUGGAACCAGUGGCGCCUGCGCUUCUCAAAUCCGCAUCUGUGCCGAUGGACGCUCAAGGCGCGCGACAUCGGUCCAUUGGCCCCACCCCCUUGCUUCUCCCUCUUUUCCCUGUCCCCCCCCUCGCCCUACCAUCUCGACGACCCGCUCCUCUGGAACCAGUGGCGGCUGCGCUUCUCCGAUCCGCACAAGUGCCGCUGGACGCUCACAGCACGUGACAUCUGCUUCACACACCCCUUCACCGCCUACCUCUUCCGCCUGGCCAAGUGCAUCCCCAUCGACCGCCACGGAGGCAUCUACCAGCCGGGCAUGACAGAGGCAGUUCAGCGGCUCAGUGCGGGCGGAUGGCUGCACAUCUUCCCAGAGGGCCGUAUCACUCAGGAGCACGUGGCAUUGGCGCGCCUCAAGUGGGGGUUGGCGUCGGUCAUCGACCGCUGCACCUCGCCCGUGCCGCCCAUCAUCCUCUGUGUCGCACACAGUGGCUUUGAGAAC